GCAGAUACAUUGCCGAAUGUACAGGAGAACCAAAAUUUUAAUGGCAACAUUGCUAUCGAUGAAAAUAAAAGAUUUAAAGCUAUAUUCGGUGAUAACCCUAUACAGGUCGGAAAUGAUAACAGUCAAGAUGAAAAGAAGGGGAAUCCUUUUCCGGUAGUAAAUAAUAACGGAUUCAUCAGGGCAGAUACAUUGCCGAAUGUACAGGAGAACCAAAAGUUUAAUGGCAACAUUGCUAUCGAUGAAAAUAAAAGAUUUAAAGCUAUAUUCGGUGAUAACCCUGUACAGGUCGGAAAUGAUAAUAGUCAAGAUGAAAAAAAGCGGAUUCAUUUCCCGGUAGUAAAUGAAAAUAAUAACAGAUUUAUCAUAGCGGAUACAGUGCCGAAUGUACAGGACAACCAAAAUUUUAAUGGCAACAUUGCUAUCGAUGAAAAUAAAAGAUUUAAAGCUAUAUUCGGUGAUAACCCUAUACAGGUCGGAAAUGAUAACAGUCAAGAUGAAAAGAAGGGGAAUCCUUUUCCGGUAGUAAAUAAUAACGGAUUCAUCAGGGCAGAUACAUUGCCGAAUGUACAGGAGAACCAAAAUUUUAAUGGCAACAUUGCUAUCGAUGAAAAUAAAAGAUUUAAAGCUAUAUUCGGUGAUAACCCUGUACAGGUCAAAGAUGUAAAUAGUCGAGAUGAAAGGAAAAGAAACCCUCUUCCGUUAGUAAGAGGAACAGAUACCGUUUUUUUCAAUGCAAAUCCAGUAGCCCAUAUACAGG